CCCAGUCGUUCAUGUGACGUACAUUACUUUUUCCUCCUCUUGGUGAUUUAUAUACCCAAAAGACACUAUACGACACCGAAGCCUUACGCCGACAACGUCUGUAAUCAAACAAAGACCAAUAAAGUUACAUUCAGCUCGUCAGGAAAGACAAUCGGCAGCAAAACCAUCUCUAUCAGUUGCAUCCACCGGCAACGACUCACUCCACAUCUCAUACGUUCCGGGAGACGGCCUUCCGAGAGUAAAUCACCAAACCACUUCAAACCGACCUUUAUACAACUAACAAGCCGAACGAAACAAAUUCACACAAGAACCGUCAGGCUCAACGACCCCAAAUCCCUUCCAAACACCACCACCCCAGGAAGUCCCUCAUUAUCAACUCACACGGCCUCCACCCACGCCAUAUACCUCUCUCUCUCUCUCUCUCUCUAAGACAAACACACAAAACACCAAAAAUGUCCAGGCCACUCGACGUAAACACCAGGAAGCACGAAGAGGCCAACCAAGCCUCAUGGGAAGCAUGCAAGGGCGCCUUGUCCGGAGCCUUCAAGUGGGGUGUGGCCUCAGCGAUGUUGGGCGGACUUGGAUACGCCGUGUCUCCGAUGUAUAGGGGAUUUACUAUUCAGUUCAAGGUAUACAUACAAAUGUCUGGUAUGGUACUGGGCGGUAUGCUGGAGGCGGAUCACCGGAUCCGCGAGUACGAGAAAACCAUGAGGAUGAGGAGGAGGAUAGCGGCAGAUCAGGCUAUGUGGAAGCAGUUUGAGGAGACGUAUGGGAAGGAUGAGGAUGAUGAGUGAGCAAGUGAGUGAGUGAGGGAUGGCAGUGGGGUCAGUCAGGCUCUGCUGAAAGUUCUGGGAUUAUCAGGAUUGGCCCGCUUGGAUCGAGGGAUCGAUCGGGGUUUCGUGGAGAAUGAAACGGUUGGCAUUUUCUUCUCUUUUCUCUCUUCUC